GGAGGGGGUCUUGAAAUCUCUUACAAGUGGGACCAUCUGGACACGUGGCAAGCCUUGAGUGGGGUGGUUCACAGCCGACGUGGCGAACCAGGUCUUACCCAAUAUUUUCCUCAGAAAAUCCAGCCUCCCCGUCCGAACCUAAAUCUUCGGACCGUUGCGCCGAACCACCAUUUCGAAAUGAAAUCAAAAUGGCCCCCCAAAAAGCCAAACCAACGCCUCUCAUUUUCCUCACCGUCUCCAAUUCCCAACCACCCCCCAACCCCCCCUCUCUCUCUCUCGUGUCAAGAACCAGAGAUGGUGUCAAGAAUCAUCAGAAGAACACCGACCAAGUCCUUGAAGGACUGCCGCAGCCGCCGCGGCUGCCGCCACCGCAAGAAGUCCCCCGUCAAGAAGGCGGCCGCUGCUGGCUCCUUCAUUGCGACUAUCAACAAGUCCCUCCACUCGUGUCAGCGCCGCCUCGUCAAGAUCUUCUCCAAGUUGGCCCACAUCGGCACUCCGAGCCGCCACAAGGGCUUCAAGGUCCUCAAAAAGGUUGCCGACGAGUCGCCGUCCCUUGCCGGGGCCAGCUUAUGCAGAUCCCUCUCCUUCAAUGUUGAGAAUUACCGGCUCCCACCGCUGGUGUCACCAGCCAAGACGACCGUCUUUCUCGACCUCGAUGAGACGCUGGUCCACUCGCAGACCGACCCACCUCCCGAGAAGGUCGAUUUCGUUGUCCAGCCAUCGAUAAACGGUGAAAGGUUGAAUUUUUACGUGCUUAAGCGCCCCGGGGUGGAUGAAUUCCUGCGCGUGAUGAGCGCAAAGUUCGAACUGGUGAUCUUCACGGCCGGCCUUAAAGAGUACGCCUCACUGGUGCUUGACCGCCUCGACCAGAAAAGGUCGCUGAUAUCACACCGGCUGUACCGGGAUUCGUGCGAGGAAGUGGAUGGGAAGUUCGUGAAGGACUUGUCCAGGAUGGGGAGGGACAUGAAGAGGGUGGUGAUCGUCGACGAUAACCCGAAUGCUUACUUGUUUCAGCCGGAGAACGCAAUCGCUGUCAGCCCGUUUGUCAAUGAUCUCAGCGAUGUGGAGCUCGGGAAGUUGGUUAAGUUCUUUGAAGGCACUGAUGGGUUUGAUGACAUGAGGGAGGCUGUGAAGCAGUACCGAGCUGGAGAAGAUGCGAAGCUGGAAGUGUGAUUCAUUGUGACUACUUCUCUUUUGUUUGUGCAACUGCUGGUAAAUUGGACAGACAGAGGAUUGUUCAACUCCACUCAGAAUCAGAAACAAAGCUUGCAAAAAUUACUUGAAUUUUUUUUGCUGUUUAUUCACUUCGCGCCACAGCGGUUUCUUCUCUAUCCCUGUUCUAUAAAUUACUAUUCUGCAAAGCAAUACAGAUCAUGCGAGGUUCAAUUGUUUUACCGAGCAAUCCUUUUCCUUUUCAUGGUAAUGAAAAGCUCAUACUACGGAGUUUACCACGU